UGCGCAUGGUUUUAUAACGAAUUUUGACAGCUCACGUUUUUCAAAUUUUAUAACCGUUGGUUUUGGCGUCUUUAGUGGUGUUUAGUUUUUCGGUGUAUAAAGUGUUUGAAUGAUCUCUGUUAUUGUAUAGUGAAAAAUGGAAAACAAACCGAAAACUCUUUUGUCCAAGUUAAGACCACCAACAAAACUAAUUAGUGUUGGGAGUUCAUCAAAUAUAUUAAGAGAUAGAACUCAAAAAAAUGAAGUCACCUCAACAUUAUCAAGAGCAAUACCAGCAAGGCUGGCCCCCAUGUCUAGAAGAUCUAAAUCUUUUUCAGAUCUAAGAACAUUAUGUAAUAAACCUUUGAGUUUUGAUAGACCUAAUCUAAGAACUCUUACAAAGCCUGCUGUUAAGAAGGAGUUGCCAAAGAGUAUAACAAAUGCAACAGUUAGGAAACCAAUUGGUAUACAACAGGCAACAACAUCCAAGCAACCCAUAAAAAGAGCAGCAAAUGAUAAAAAUUCAGAUGAACCGAAAAUAAAAAAAGUUUCAAAACCAGCACCAUAUGAUUACAAAGCUAGGUUUAAUUUACUGAAUGAAAAGUAUACACUCUUAAUACAAAAUUCCAAAGAUUCAAAGGGUACUUUGUCAACAGCACUUACAGAACUUGAGGAAUAUAAAACGAAAUAUGAAUCAACCAAUAACCUUGCUGUUAAUUUACAGCAAGCUAAAAAUCUAUUGACCAAAAGAGCUGAGGAAGCUGAAAAUGAUUUAAAGAAACUAAAAGAGGAACAUGAAAAAGUUUCAAGAGAAUUUAAAACUUUAAGAGAAAAAUAUGAUAUUAUUGACAAAGAACAUACUGAGAUAAUGGUAAAGUAUGAGAAAGAAGGGAGGGAAUUAAAAGUUUAUAAAUCUAAUUUGGAAACUGCAAAUGAAAAUAUUUGUAACUUGGAGAAUUCAGUACAAACAUUCAAGCAAGACUUGCUUGCAAGUGAACAAACCAGAAGAUACUUGCAUAACAAAAUACAAGAUUUGAAGGGCAAUAUAAGAGUCUUCUGCAGAGUAAGACCACCUAAAGAUUCUGAAGAUGAUAGAAUGAUAACGAACAUGACAUUCAUUGAUGAAUCCACAUUAGAAAUUAAAAAACAGAAGGAAAGCAUUAGUGCUAUAACUGGAAAAUGUGCAGAUUUGAAACAGGAAUUUAAUUUUGAUAAAGUAUUUCCACCAGAGAGUAGCCAAGAGGAAGUAUUUGAAGACUUGUCACAAUUGGUUCAGUCUGCAUUGGAUGGUUAUAAUAUUUGUGUGUUUGCUUAUGGGCAAACAGGAUCUGGUAAAACUUAUACAAUGCAAGGAGUACCUGGAGACCUAGGCAUGAUUCCGAGAUGUGUUGAUCUGUUAUUUAAGCAUAUACAAAAAUUAGAAAAAUCAGGAUGGGUGUACAAAGUAGAAGCUAGUUUUCUAGAAAUCUACAAUGAAACGAUUCGUGAUUUAUUGGAUCCGAAUAGCAAAGAAACGCAUGACAUCAAGUAUAAUAAUGCCAAAGAGGCUUCCGUUACUAAUUUGAAAAUAGAGCCAAUAAAUGGAUCAUCCGACUUGAAGGCGUUGAUGUUGGAAGCUCAGAAUAAUCGGGCCGUUGCAUCAACUGAUUAUAACGAACAUAGUUCACGUUCUCAUGCCGUGACCAAAAUCUAUUUGGAGGGAUGCAAUGAAGAGCAAAAAUAUAUAUUUAAAGCGUCCCUCAACCUCGUCGAUUUGGCCGGUUCGGAAAGUGCAAAAACUAGCGACAGGAUCAACGAGACCAAGAAUAUCAACAAGAGCUUAUCCACGCUUGGCAAUGUAAUGCUGGCAUUGCAUAACAAGGAUGGUCACAUCCCCUACAGGAAUUCCAAAUUGACUUACCUUCUACAAUCGAGUCUUGGCGGCAAUUCGAAAACGCUCAUGUUUGUAAACAUAUCGCCAUUUGAAGAUUGCUACAAUGAAACAGUAAACUCGUUGAGGUUCGCUGGGAAAGUUAAAGAAGUCAAGACAGGAUCGAAAAGGAACAAAAUGAAAAAGGACAGGGAUAUGUAAUAUGUACAUCUUAAUUAAUGUUGUUUUGAAUUAGUUUUAAUUUAAUUAAUAUAUAUAUAGGCUAUGCCAUAUCCAAACGUAACCAUUUGUAUCAUUAACUACGAAUGGCCAUGGGUGUGAUAUUUCUGAUUUUUUUUUGAAAAAAAAUAAAAAUUUAUAUUUAAUUGAUUUUAAUUCGU